AUGCUUUUCCAACCCCAGGAAUCACCUGUUUUUAGCCUCUUCUCCCUCAAGUCCGAGGUUGCCCUCGUCACCGGAGGCGUUCGUGGUAUCGGUCUCGGAGUUGCUAUAGGACUUGCUGAGGCAGGUGCGGAUAUCGCUGUGACUUACAAUUCGCUGAAGCCCGAGGAAGUGAAAGAAGUGGAGACAAAGUUCAAGAAGCUAGGGGUCCGCUUCAAGGCUUACCAGUGCAACGUUGUCAACAAAAAGGAAAUCGAGAUCUGUGUCGCUCAGGUGCUUGAGGACUUUGGUCGUUUGGAUGUGGUGGUUCCAAAUGCCGGUGUUGCAGUCCAGCAGAAAGGAGAGGACUUCACCGAGGAAAACUACCACAAGACUUUGAGUGUCAACCUAGAUGGCGCUUUCUUUACGGCCCAGGCGGCUGCUAACGCUUUUAAGAUGCAGAAGGAGAGUGCUGGCUUCAAACAGGGCAGAAUCGUCUUCACUGCCUCCAUUUCUUCUAGCAUUGUGAACUACCCACAACCUCAGGCGCCAUACAAUGCCUCGAAAGCCGCUUUAGUGCGUUUGGCAAAGUGUCUAGCGGUUGAGUGGGUCGAUUUUGCCAGAGUCAACUGUGUUUCUCCAGGUUACAUCCAGACAGAAAUGACCGACAGUCAUCCAGAGGAAUGGAGAAAGGUUUGGUCAGGCUUGAUCCCGGCAGGCAGAAUGUGCUCCACUUAUGAGCUCAAGGGUGUAUAUGUGUUCUUGGCUAGCCAUGCUUCCUCGUAUGUGACGGGAGAAGAGAUUAUUGCAGGUGGCGGUUACGCCCUUAUCUAG